AAAGCGAUAAUCAGGUUCUUUUUGGCAGGAUUUUCAACCCAAGUUAAGUCUCCAUACGGAUACCGCCCCAUUCUUUAUAUUUGCAUUGAUUACGUUCAGGCAGACGAGUUAGUCAUGAAGUUAUUCUUGGUUACUGUUCUUUUGAUCUCAAUGGUCGCAGGUACCUGGGCCAUUGAUUGCUACACGUGUGCCGGCACGGGUUGUGGUGAUCCUUUCGAUCCGUCUGCUACAGGUGUAUCAGACACUUGUCCUAAUGUUGGGAUUACAUACACCCAUUGUUUGAAAACAGUUGCUGGAUCAACAGUGGCACGGACAUGUGGGAUUGCCUGUGUUGAGGUCAGCGGUCUCUACUGCUGCACCACCAACCUCUGCAAUGGAGGUACCACAGUGACAACCAGCUUCGUUGCUAUGGGCGUGGCCAUGCUGGCUGCCUUCAUCCUCGCCAGACAAUAGGAUGCAGAAUAUGCAUCACGUGACCGGGGUCAUAGGAGAAAUGUACACACCAAUAUGUAUGCAUUGUAUACUCAGAAUUGUGG